CAAAGGUCACGUCACUGCCCAAGAUGGCGGCUUCCAUCGGAGCGGCGUCCUGCCGCGCCCUGUUCUGCCGCAGUUGGGGGAAGAGGCUGAGUGCGGCCUGGGGGCUCCUUGGUGGGGCGCGGGGUCUGGCCGCCCAGGGGGAGACGCACUUAGGGUUUCAGACCGUGCCUGAGGCGGAGAAAGAACAGAGAGUUUACCAGGUGUUUGAAAGUGUGGCCAAAAAGUAUGAUAUAAUGAAUGAUUCAAUGAGCUUCGGGAUUCACCGGCUAUGGAAGGAUAUCUUACUGCAUCAAAUGAACCCUUACCCAGGAACACAGCUGCUUGAUGUUGCUGGAGGGACAGGUGACAUCGCCUUUCGGUUUAUCAAUUAUGUUCGUUCCCAGCGGGAGUAUCAGCUCAGACAGAAACUGAAAUCCCAUCAGAAUUUAUCAUGGCAAGAAAUCUCUAAGAGUUACCAGGAAGAGGCACUUAAACCUCUAGGAGGGUCCCAGGUGGUGAUCUGUGAUAUUAACAAGGAAAUGCUGAAGGUUGGAAAGCAGAAAGCACAACAUCUUGGCUAUACUGAAGGCUUGUCCUGGGUUGUUGGGAAUGCUGAGGAGCUCCCCUUCGACGAUGACAAGUUUGAUGUUUACACAAUUGCCUUUGGAAUCCGGAAUGUAACUCAUAUUGACCAGGCACUUCAGGAGGCUUACCGUGUGCUGCAACCAGGAGGGAGGUUCCUGUGUCUAGAGUUUAGUCAAGUCAACAACCCUCUUAUUUCUAGGCUCUAUGAUCUAUACAGCUUUCAGGUUAUCCCAGUUCUGGGUGAGAUUAUUGCUGGAGACUGGAAGUCUUACCAAUACCUCGUAGAGAGCAUCCGACAGUUUCCAGCUCAAGAGGAAUUCAAGACAAUGAUUGAAGAUGCAGGUUUUUUGAAAGUAGAAUAUCGAAAUCUAACUGCUGGCAUUGUUGCCGUUCACUCGGGUUUCAAACUGUGAUAUUUACUUCACAAUGUACUUUGAACAGUUAAUGAUAGUUUUCUGUGAAGAACCUGAAAGCUGUGGGACAACUUUACCAUCAAGAUUGCAGAAUAGACUGAUGGAAGAAUUUGAGCCAUCUCCAGAACCUAAACACCAGAUAAACUGAAAAAUAGUAGUCUUGAAUCAAUUUGGGACCUGGUUUCUUUCUGCCUGUUAAGCACGGAGCACAGUUAAGUAACUCUGGAUCAGAAGACUCCUGAAUGCAUGGUAUCUGAGCAUAUUCCAUCUUUUUUCCCCCAAAGACCUCAAAGAUGAAGCUAUCCUUGUAGCCACUUUUUUGGUACUUAAAUACAGUGUGAGGACAUAACAAAAUUCAAUUAAGGUUUCAAGUCUGACAUGUUUCAAACAGUUCAAUUACUAAAAGUUUAUUUAAAAUUGGAUAUGGACUUUAACCUUCAGCUGAGGUUCUUCUCUACAGAUCUUAGCACAGGUGUGAAAGCUACUGUCAUGUCAUCUGAAAUGAUAGCAGCAUGUGUGAAAAAUGUUGGUUUCUUUUUUUUUUUUUAUGUAUUUAAGAGUAAACUUCACUUCUUAUCAGAGCUUUUCAUUUUCUUAUAGUAUCUUUUACCUAUAUAGGUACAGACACUUAAGUGCUUCUAUGCAAGUUAUUCUAAGCAGCACAUUUUCCUAACAGAAAAGGCUUGAAAAGUCAAUUCACUUCAGCAUGGUGAUGAGGGAGAAUUGCUAUUGUACAGUACUGUUUAAGUCAUAGCUGUAGAUGUACAAUAUACCUUAAAAGCUUGAGUUUGACCUCCUUUAAACUGUAAACAUAUACAUGGUAGUAUACGAUUUUCCUUAUAUUAGGAUGGAAAAAAAAAAUCAUGGAAACCAAAUUUAUUUCAUAAAAAUAUUAUCUCAUUACUUUCCUAUACUGAUGAUGGCUGCAGGUUUGUGCUCUAGUAGUUUUACAGAAGUUGAAAGUGAACGUACUUCAAUUCCAUUCUUAACCUUUAAGAUGACUAACGUUGUUUCAUUAGUUCCUGUGAAAGGCAGCAGCAUACUGAUUAUAUUCUUAUUUUUUGUAAAUAGCAUAAAAUACCUAUUUAAUCUGCAACAGUUGAGCUAGUAGGCUUAAUGCUGAGUACAAAGUUAUUUUUGUAAGCUUCUGUCACUUUGUCAAAGAAAGCUUAUAACAAUUAGAAGUACAGAACUUGGUUCUGUAAAACCAGUAUCAAUGUACUUUAUUUAAGUAGUCUUCACUGAUUAUGUACUACUUGGUCUGCUGCAGCUACUGUCAGGGCUCUUAGAAUGAUAAGCCUUUAACUUCUCUCAUUUAAGAAAUCGAUGUAGUCAAUAACUUGUAGGUAUACAGCAGAGAUCCCUGUAUUCUAGGUAGGAUUUAGAAUAUUAUAUCAGCAGAGAAUGUUAAGUUCCAUGAAAGAAACAGUUCAUCUAGAAACAAUGAAACUAGUUAGCUAUUAUUUCUUUGCUCAAAGCUAGGAACUGAUGGGUACUAGAAAAAAAAGCAGUACUAACUAGCAUGAGCAGGGCUAAAUUCACUGAAACUAGAGCUGCACUUAUUUAUGCUUUCUCCCACCUAGCCUGAGCGCAAACUUUGAAUUGUUAAAGUGAGGCUUGCUUCACAAAGUACCUCACUUGUUUCUCAAGUGAGUAUUAUUGCAAAAGAUGAUAAA